CAUUUUCGGUUCUACAGCUGGCAACACUGCGGGUCAAAGUCGACGUGUGGCGAAUCUACCUUUUAGUAAAUAUUCCGAAAUUGUGUUCCUUUGCGUUAAUUUUUAUUUGAUAUUUUAACCCUUCAAAAUGGCUUCGUACAUUGCAAGAAACAUAGUUAAAAGCCCUGCAGCCCUAGGGCUAACCCAGCAACAAUUUGGAAAUUUGAGGGCCUUUUCUGUCGGAACGCAAUUAAACAGCAAGAAAACUGUUCCAGACAGAACUGGAAAGAAUAUCGUUUUGGUGGAUGGAGUCAGAACCCCAUUUUUAAUGUCUGGAACAGACUAUUCCAAACUGAUGCCACAUGACUUAGCCAAACAAGCCUUAGCUGGCAUUUUAAAAAAGACUGGUGUUCCAAAGGAAAUGAUUGAUUAUGUCAUCUAUGGAACGGUUAUUCAGGAAGUCAAGACUUCAAAUAUUGCGAGGGAGGCUGCCCUUGCAGCUGGUUACAGUGACAAAACCCCCGCUCAUACCGUCACAAUGGCUUGCAUUUCAUCAAAUGUGGCCAUGACUACAGCCAUUGGGCUUAUUGCAAGCGGUGUUUACGAGCUCAUCGUGGCAGGAGGUGUUGAAUUCAUGUCUGAUAUUCCCAUUAGGCACAACAGAAAAAUGCGCAGCUUGAUGCUCCAAGCCAACAAAGCCAAGACUUUGCAGCAAAAAUUGGGGCUUCUGGCGAGCAUCAGACCUGAUUAUUUCGUCCCAGAGUUGCCAGCUGUUGCCGAGUUUUCUUCUGGCGAAACCAUGGGUCACUCUGCUGACCGUCUCGCAGCUGCCUUUGGGGCCACUCGUAGAGAACAAGACGAAUUCGCUCUUAGGUCACACACUUUGGCGCAACAUGCAUAUGAAAGUGGCCACUUCACCGAUCUUAUCCCAGUCAAGAUCCCUGGAAUUGAUAAAGUUAUUGAAAAAGAUAACGGAAUCCGUGUUUCCACCCCAGAACAACUGGCCAAACUUAAGCCUGCAUUUAUUAAACCACACGGUACCGUCACAGCAGCCAAUGCCUCAUUUUUGACUGACGGUGCUUCCGCUGCUAUUGUUACAACGGAAGCGAAAGCUAAGGCUUUGGGCCUGAAACCCAAGGCCUAUUUGCGGGACUUUAUCUACGUUUCCCAAGACCCUAUCGACCAACUUUUGCUAGGACCAGCCUACGGCACUCCAAUUGUAUUAGAAAAAGCCGGGCUUACAAUGAAAGACAUUGCUGUUUGGGAGUUCCAUGAAGCUUUCGCCGGCCAAAUUUUGGCAAAUUUCAAAGCCAUGGACAGUGAUUGGUUUGCACAAACUUAUAUGAAGAGGAGCAGCAAGAUUGGGGCUCCUGACAUCAACAAAUUCAACAACUGGGGAGGAUCGCUUUCUAUUGGACAUCCCUUCGCUGCCACUGGAAUCAGGCUGGCUAUGCACACCGCUAAUAGGCUUGUGAAAGAGGAUGGACAGUUUGGAGUGGUUGCUGCUUGCGCAGCUGGUGGACAGGGUGUGGCCAUGAUUUUGGAAAGACAUCCUGAGGCCACCGCAAAUUAAUACUUUUUAUAUUUAUUUUUAUUUUUCCCGCAAGUGUCCUUAAGUUUUCAUCAGUACUUUUAUAGUCCCUCCAACUCCUCUAGAGAAACAACUGUACAUAGCUUUUCUAUACAUUAUUUAAUUAAUAAAAAAGGUUCUUUUAUAAUGUAAUAUAAUCAAUAAUUGUCAGAAAUAUAUUCUAUACAUGCUC